GCAAACAGACGCGCAGCGAGCCGGCGCCAUUUUGUUUCACUUCAGCGGUCGUCGUCGUGCGAGGCGGGUUACUCAGGCUCCGGUUUUCUGGACUCGGGGGGUUUAAAAUUUAGCCAGGGAGAGAGAGAGAAAAAAAAAGUCUUUCUCUCUUUCUAUAUAUUUUUUCUUGGGUCAUAUAUUAAAAACAGAUUUGUUACCGCUUCGGAGAGUCCGUUUAAAACCAGAAAGAGCGACACAGACGGGGCGAAAUAUAUCAUUAUAUUUCUGUAACAAAUAUCCUUCGACAGAACAAGGCCCGAGGGCGCAAGACGAGCCGCGGCAAGAAGGCCCGAAACGAAAGCCGAGAGAGAGCGAGAGAGCAAGAGAAAAGUGGAGGUUGGAAAGCGAGAGAAAAAAACGCUAGGCCCCAACUCGAGACCUUCCUCAAGAGUAAAAAAUAAUUCGACAAUAAAAAUUCGUUGCUUCCUCUCACGCCUUCAGGUCUUAGACUGAAGAUACGAACGGAGACAGUCGGCGAGGAAAAAACAUGGCAGAUGACUUAGAUAUUGAAGCAAUGCUCGAGGCACCUUACAGAAAGGAGGAUGAGAACAAAUCGAGCAAAGCCAAUGGACAAGAGGAGCGUAGUAAAAAAAAGAAAAAGAGCCGAAGUCGGAGUCACAGCCGUGAAAGGAAGAGAAGCAGAAGCAAAGAACGCAGGCGCAGCAAAGAACGUGAAAGGAGGAGGAGUAGGAGCAAAGAAAGGAAAAGCAGAGAGCACCGUCGCAGUCGAAGCAAGGAUCGGCGAAGGAUAGAGAGAGGCCGCUACAGGAGCCCAUUUUUGGAGAAGCGACUUAUCUCCGGGCCGAAAUUUGGUGGUGGUGGUGGAAACAUGGGCAGAGGAAAGAUGGGCAUGCAGCCUGGCAUUAAAAUCAGUCGUCGGCGUUCCAGAAGCAGAAGCCCACAUAAAAGGGAUAAGAGCCCAAUAAGAGAGCCAAUCGAUAACAUAUCACCUGAGGAAAGAGAUGCCCGCACAGUGUUCUGCAUGCAGCUUGCAGCACGCAUUCGACCGAGAGACUUGGAGGAGUUUUUCUCUUCUGUGGGAAAGGUUCGAGAUGUGAGAAUGAUAUCGGAUAGGAACUCUCGGCGUUCAAAGGGAAUCGCUUACGUGGAGUUUGUUGAUGUGAGCUCUGUCCCACUUGCAAUUGGUCUGACUGGGCAGAAAUUACUUGGUGUUCCAAUUAUUGUUCAAGCUUCACAGGCUGAGAAGAAUCGAGCUGCAGCCCUUGCUAACAACCUUCAGAAAGGAACUGCAGGACCAAUGAGGCUAUACGUAGGAUCUUUGCACUUCAAUAUCACUGAAGAAAUGCUGAGGGGAAUUUUUGAACCCUUUGGGAGAAUUGAAAACAUACAGCUAAUGAUGGAUAGUGAAACUGGUCGGUCAAAAGGCUAUGGAUUCAUAACGUUUUCUGAUGCUGAGUGCGCAAAGAAGGCGUUGGAGCAGCUGAAUGGCUUUGAGCUUGCCGGUAGACCAAUGAAGGUCGGUCAUGUUACAGAAAGGUCAGAUUCAUCAAACGCUAGCUCAUUCCUGGAUAGUGAUGAGCUGGAAAGGACCGGUAUUGACCUUGGAACCACAGGGCGCCUCCAAUUGAUGGCUCGACUUGCAGAAGGCACAGGCUUGCAGAUUCCCCCAGCGGCUCAGCAAGCAUUGCAGAUGAGCGGCAACAUAUCAUUGGGCGCCAUGGCCGCUGUAACAGAUUUGCAAGCCCGGCUUAUCCAGCAGACUGAAGCUUUAAAUCCUCCUUUGGCUAUGUCAACACCACCAAUAGCAACACAAUGUUUCCAGCUCUCCAACAUGUUUAACCCACAAUCGGAAGAUGAUCCAGCUUGGGACCAAGAAAUCAGAGAUGAUGUCAUUGAAGAAUGCAACAAACAUGGAGGAGUAAUUCACAUAUUUGUGGACAAAAAUUCACCCCAGGGAAAUGUCUACGUGAAGUGUCCCACUAUAGCUGCGGCUGUUGCUGCUGUUGGAGCCUUGCAUGGAAGAUGGUUUGCAGGAAAAAUGAUCACUGCUGCCUACGUACCACUUCCAACCUAUCACAACCUCUUCCCAGAUUCACUGACAACCACCCAGCUACUGACCCCAGCAAGACGAUAGAUAUUGGGGAGAGGGGAUGGGGGGGGAAGGGGUUGAAUUCGGGCAAAAAUUCAAGGAAUGUGGACAACUUCAUAACUUCCUGCUGUACAGUUAAUACAAAUGAAAAGUACUGGAAAAAUGACAAAUUCCUACAGACUUGAGACGAUUUUUUUUUCAAUUUUGCCAAGCCCUAGUGGAAGAAAAUAAAAUGGCAGACAUGUAGAUUUACACAAGCAUCCUAUGGCUAAUUACUUACUUUGUUACCUUUUUUUGACUGCACAGUAGCAUUGAUCAUCUGAUGGGCAAAAAGAAAAGCUGUCUAUUAGCAUUGCAAAGCAGUCCCCGCCUUGUGCGGGACUGAAGUUAUUUUGUGGUUUCUGUGAUAAGACUACUGCAAGUCAAGUAGACUCCAUAGGAAUAGUACUGCAUUCUUGUUGUCUAUUUUAAGUUACAUAUUUAGUUGAUUUCAUUGAUCUUCUGAUUGAACUUACCAGAAGAGCCUAUUAAAAUUUUAAAAUAUAAAUUUUUAUGUGAAAGUACUAUUGUAUCUAAUGAUAGGGUUGGAGACGGCUGUCUUUGAAUACUUAAGUUGACCGUUUAUUUCUAUAACAUCCUUCGCUGCUGUUCAUUAAGUCCAUGGUUAACCCUCAGAGCAAGAUGUUGCAUUUGUUGUGCUAACAGUAUGGAGUUUGUUUGCUCAGCAGGGUAUGGGUUAAUAGCUCAAGUUACAUUGUUUGUUUUCUGAAUACUUGGCUGCUGAAGCAAUCUGACAGGCAAGUUUGUAUUGAGCAUUGAAAGUUUCCUGGGACCCUGGGUAACAGUGGGGAAUAUAAAACACUGAGGUUUAAAAGAACUGGAAAUGUGGCCCUUCUACCCUGUAAAAUUUCAGGAUGAGUUUUUCUUUAUCACAUAUAUAUCUAUACAUUGUCUAUAUCCUAAAGUUCUAUGGUGAGGGGAUUAAGAUGGCAUUAUCCAGACAUUUGGAUCAACAAGGAUACACUGUAAGUUAUAAUUUGAUUUAUAAUAAUAUGUUGAAAGAAAUUUUCAGUCCACUUCCCCCCACUCUAAAUUGAGAGUUAAACGGCAAUACAGAUAUCAGCUAUUUCACCACUUCUGACUUCUACAAGAAGGUAUUCAUCUGGGUUUGGCGAGCAUACAUAUGACCAAAGUUGUGGCUUUUUCAAAACAUUGCAGAAAGAAACAUACAAAGUUCUAAAUAGCCUUUGUGUACAGUUGGUCUUUAGGAAACUGUUUAAGAUUAAAGCUAUUGUAUGUACAGUUUGCCUUAUUUGGGUCUGUUUUCAGUGGUGACCUUUUUUCCCCCUUGAGCUUUUCUUCUGUAAAUAGUUAUAACAGUGAUGUGCUGUCCCUGUGCUUCCAUAGGAUCUAGGCCAGACAAACUUAAUCUUACCUUAAUGUAUAUAGACUUUAGCAGAAGAGGAAAAAGAAACUCAGGAAUAGUAACUGUUACCAAGUGGUAAAAUAUUAGCAACUUUUGUUCUUCAAAAUAGAAAGGAAGCUGCAAACAACUGCAAAUCUCAUUAGUAAGGACACCCUGAACCAGUGAAGAGUAUGUGCAGUUCCUAUUUGGCAAAAAGGAAGCCUAUUAUUGGGUUGGGCUAACACAAGCAAAAUAUUGGUUCUUAUUCAUGAUGGUUUGACUUUACAUGACCACGCCUAAAUUGUACACUGGACCUUAUGUUUAACUGCAUGUUUUUUUUUGCUGUUACUGUCCAAUAAUACAACAGCCAAAUAUAAUUUGAUCCCUUCUAAUGAGUCUACAUUUGGAUACUGAUAACAGGUAAGCUUAGUCUCUCUGUAAUAUUAACUGCAUAUGUUUGGACUGAAUCCUAGAGGUCAAAGUAAUUCUCACUGUCUUUGUUGUAUAAAAUCUCCAGCAGUUAAACCCAUUGGAAAAGUUUAGUCGCAAGAAUUUCUUUAAUAUAAAUACCAUAUUAAAAAGCAAUGAAGAAUGAAAAGGGUAAUAAUAACUUUGUCUGGUCGUGCGUGGUGUCUUUUGCUGUUUUUUUUUAAGCUCUAUGAGCUCUUAAGUGUAAACGUUACCCAAUUCCCUUCUGUAGUGUGAUUAAAACAGCCCGGUAUUUCUAUUCCAAAGUAAUGAUUUUGUAAUUGGUACAAAUUUUGUAUAAAAAGGCAAAAUCACUCUUAAAUAAAAAAAUGAAAGAAAAAUAA